ACGUCACUUCCGUUUCCGGCACGUUCACGCCUGAGUAACUCGACGAGUCAUUUAUCGUCCGUUUUGUCUGUCGUCGAAACGUCCGGGCUCAGUUUUGGCGCCCAUUCCAGGCUGACAAUGGCAGGGUUCACAUCACGGCGGUUACUGUGGACUAUUGGUAUCAUCUUAUGGCUUUCAUUGUUACAGACCGUCGCACAGCGGUGCCCCUCACCGUGCCAGUGCUCGCCAGCGGCAGAAGGUCUGAAGGUCGACUGUAAAGACAAUGAGUUACCCAGCGUACCGCGGAACAUCCCAGACACCACAGCAGUUCUCCUGCUUCUCAGGAACGGCAUCUCCAGAAUCCCGGCUGGUACGUUUUCGCGACUUGCCAGAGUUGAAAAGCUCAGCCUUAACAACAACCAGCUGACUUUCCUGGAAACAGAGACGUUACUAGGGCUGAACAGUCUACAGGAUCUAGACUUGUCGAACAACCGCAUUACGGCAAUAGACGUCCGGACAUUCCGGGACGUUCCGGCGCUCCGGAAACUGAACCUAUCCCGGAACCGGAUAUGGCACCUGACGUCGCAGACCUUCACUGGCCUGACGUCACUACAGACCCUACUGCUGGCGAACAACCAGCUGACAACCAUCGGAAGAGGGUCUUCCCAGUACAUCGGCUGCUUUGCAGACUCCGCCGGAGACCGAGACUUCCCGGUCAGUCUGACGCACAGGUACUCCCUCAGCCCCGCCAGCUGUGUGGAGACAUGCGCCGCCAUGGGGUACAGCUACGCAGGGCUACAGGAGAGCAUCAUGUGUUUGUGUGGACACAGUUUCGGUAAGCACGCUAAGGUGGCAGAGUCGGAGUGCGGCGGGGAGUGUUCGGGCGGGCUGCCGACCGGGUGUGGGGGGAACCUGCGGAACGCCGUGUGGGCUACAGGACCACCGUUGUUCAGCAACCUUCCGGCGCUGGACAGCAUCACCCUUCACGGCAACCCGUGGUUCUGUGACUGCCUGCAGCACGGCCUGGUCUCGUUCGUCAACAACAGGAGCAGGGAACAGCUUGGCGGCAGUCCGACGUGUGCAGGCCCGCAGGCGGUACAGGGCAUGCCGCUCGUGAACCUGACACUCGCUGACUUACAGCGACAGUGCGCUACCAUCCCACCAUCUACAACUACCUCACCUACAGCCGCUCCUGUGACGCCACCUUGCGCCCAUGCCCAGAAGGACACGCGGUACCUGAGGGUGAUGGUUGCCGCCAUUGUCGGCUGCUUCCUCAUCAUCAUGAACUUGGUCCUGAUCCUGAUGUGCGUCUUUCUGUCCAGACAAAGCUACCGCCGUGCAGUCCGCUACAACAGAGCCGUGGAACGCGGGAGGAGAAUCAACAACUUCAGACGGGAGAGAAAAGGCACCGGACUCCUACCCGACCUGACCUACACCCCUGCCACCGACCUCCCGGAGGUGGAAAGCCAGCACGAGGAGACCGACCAGUUCGAUGACUACGCCACGGUGGUGGACCGGCUCCUGCGGGAACCCCCCACCCCCGACACGCCGCUCAGUCCGCCGUACGCCGUACCCUUCAACGCCAAGGUCAACAACAUACGGGCGGACGCUCCCAACAACAGCGCGGACGGCAGACAGAACACGGUGCCGGGUAGAAGCACGUUCCUCCCGCUUCACCACUUCGACGCCGCGGGAGACAUCACAGAUUCAGACACGGAAUUGAGAAGUUCCCCCGAGGGGUUAAAUAGUGACACUUCGCCGGAGGAGCGCACGGAACAUUCAGACAACGGUUCAGUAAAGAACAGGCCGGCUUUUCCAACCACCUGUGCUGAUGAUGACCACGACUACAGUGAAGUUUUGGACGCUGUUGAGAAUACGGACACAGCGGUAGAACCAAAGAACGAGGAGACAAAGGAACAAAACCGUACAGCUAACACUGACGAUCAUGACUAUGAUGAUCCGCCUAUGGAGGACUUACUGUAAUUCUACAUAUGCAAUAAUACAUUAAAGGCAAAUCUAUAUCAUGUCACAUAUAUAAAAUGCUUUUAUCUCAGCCUUGCCUGUCGUCCUAUUUAGCAUAAUUCCUGUAAAUUUUAACCGUUCAUAUUUGGGUCUAUUGUAUUUAUCUAUUAUCAAUUAUCUGAAGGAUAUUGUCCAGUGUCCAGCGUUUGUUACAAGGUUAGAAAGGUGAAAGCUACAAGACUUUGAACUCGAAGCAUUCAACCGUAGUGAAAUGGAUAACAAAGCAAAGCAUCAAAAGAUCUUAACUUCAUUGCAGUACAAUUGCUUGGUAGAC